AUGAAGCUUCUUUCCAUCGCCGCCGUGGCUUUACUCGUCGAUAUCUCAGCCUCAUUUUACUUAAUUGAUGACAACCAAACCUUUCAAAGCGAACCGAAACUUCCUCGUUUAGACGAUAAAUUUGAGAUGAAAUGUCUCUCAGCCCAGGCUUACCGGGCAAAACAUAUACGGAAAUUUGCCAAAGAAGCUUACAGUCAAUAUAUGAGAGGUGAACUGCAAGCAGGCACGUUUACCCGUUUUCCUGGGGUAACUGUUUACAAAUAUGUUGUCGGUAAUCACUACGUCCCAGAUGUCGGGUACGCGUACCAUAAUAUCCUUAUUGACGAGAUCGGCACCUUUUUGGCCGGAAUGCUGGAAUACCCAGCUUAUAGGGAGAUGGCUUACAGUCCUUGUAAAUUUUCAAUUUAUACCGGUUACGAAUCUUACGCAAACUCCCGACAACUCCAUACUGAAGACGACGAAGUUUACGACGUCUCUAAAUAUGAUCCACAUUUUCAGCAACCGCCAAUAGGAUCUGGCAGAGGAACUCCCGGACAAUCUAGUAGAGGAUCUGGUAGAAGUUGGUUUGGGUAA